GAAUUCUCGACAGCGAGACGGGACCGAAACCACAACAUCCACAACAUGGCAGCUCCUGCAAGACAAGCGACAGCGAUACCACGAUUCCUUCUACCGCAGAUAUCAUGGCCCGCCAGGGUGUCACGGCCAGCAGCGCUGGGUGCACUGGAGCAGGGUCGGCAUAGGUCCUGUAUAGCUUCCGAGAGUCGCGCUGCCUUUCCGAAGUCAUUACCACUCCAAGCACGAACACGUACACUGUGGCCAAAGACAUCACCACAAUAUGCAAGCGGUCAUGCAUCGGCUCUGGAGUUUCGGCGCAACUUCAGCGCAACUGCACAGCAUUCCAAGGACCAUCACUUCGACACGCUCAAGUUUGUGCAGCGAUUGAAGGAGGAAGGUUUCACAGAAGAGCAAGCCGAGGGCAUGAUGAGGGUUCUCGGCGAUGUAAUCGAGGAGAGCAUCCAAAACCUCACACGCACCAUGGUCCUUCGUGAAGACCAAGAGAAAGCCACCUACACGCAGAAAGUCGACUUUGCCAAACUCCGCUCCGAACUCAUGACGGCCGACUCGACUGAAUCCAGCCUCACGCGCGCAUCGCAUGAGCGUCUUACAAACGAGCUCGCAAAGCUGAAUUCGCGCUUACGGGACGAGAUACAACGGACACAGGCAUCGGUGAGGCUAGACUUGAACCUGGAGAAGGGGCGCAUUAGAGAAGAGGCAAACGUGCAGGAACUGAAGCUCAAGGAGACGGAGACAAGGAUUGAGCAGGAGACGGCGCAGCUGAGGGAGAGACUAGAGGCCGUCAAAUUCUCAACGCUACAGUGGCUGAUGGGAGUCUGCACUGGUACUGCGGCGUUGAUGUUGGGUGUGUGGCGGUUGUUAAUGUGAAGCACGAUGCAAUGGCAGUUAUGAAACUGCUUCAAAGAGCUACAAAAGCUCCAGUGUACAGCCAUGGCCCUGCGCCGCGCCAUAAAUGUGCUACAGUACCCGUCAAUGCAGUUCACGGGUGCAACGGACGAAGGGCCCCAUGGCAGCCGUGCACGAUGAGGUGAUGCCGAGAUGAAAACGGUUGGUUUUAGAUAAGACGUUGUGGCGUGCAUAUGCAGCGGGCGGGAACAACGCUGCCCGUGUGAACAGUUAGAUACAAACGACUGCCUUGGUAUUCAGGCAAAUUCACAACAUGCGCGCCGAUAUUGAGUAGCGUGCAGCUGCUGUGUGGAUACAUGUGCAUCAGCCACAUGUGACACGGAGAGCUAGCGGCUCUGGUCUCUGGGAUUUGGCCGUGGUACUUGACCGCAACGUGACACGAAUCAUGGCGCAGAGAGGUCGCAA